GCGGAUGCUUCAGCAGCAAGGACAUAUACCAGCAGCCAGCAAUGGUCCGAAGAAUAGAAGUCUGCUUUUUAAAAAAGAAUCUGCGCACGGUCCACUUUCGUCGGGUUGUCUUGAAGACGAUCUUGGUUCGUAAGCGGCUUUCGAAACUGAAGUGAUUGGAAAUUGCCCUUGGACAAUUCAAAUCUGACGCGUAUUGUGGAGAGGCUGGAGUGGAGUCCUACGAGGUGGAAGUGGAGUUGGAUUUGAACAAUGACGACAAUUGGCUGUGAGACAAGUUGACAAGCUGGCUUGCAAUCGGGGAUUGAGAACUUGAAUUUGCUGAACUCGCUCGCGCGCGCUUGCUUUCAUGACUUUCUUGAGGGGGCUCUCACAGUGAUUAAGGAGACCGCUCAUUUCACGCUGCAGACCACGUGAUGUCUACAGGCAAUGAAGAACCAGAUGGAGGUGGUACUGUGAGUACUCCGGAAGAUUCUGAAAAGGAAAGGAGAUGGAACUUGCGUAGUUACGCAUCUCAAAAAUCCAAUGCCUCAGCGAUUCCACCCACUCCAGUCCAGCAGAGAUCAGGGAAGCGAGUUUUGUCGACUCCCGAUGAGAGUCCCUCCGAAACAAGAAAAAAGUUGAAGUAUCUGAACGUCCUGAAGCUGCAUAUUCUUCUACCAAACGGAACAUCUGUCGAUGUGAUCUUAAACUUGGCUGAAGUUAGCACGAUUGAAGGUUUGCUGAACAUAAUAAGAGAUGCGAGCAAUGCGACGCAUGUUGCUUCUGAUUCAAGAGGCAAAAAGCCUCAAAGACUGGUGAAUUGGGAGGGUGGGGAAUUAUCAUUACAGACUCUAGCUGGUGACAUUGUCGACAUACAGCAUCUGGCCAACCUCGCUCACAAUAGAACAAGUACCUCGAACUCUCUUUUGCUGCUAGAUGGUCUGGAUCACGACUCUACGUGGGUGGAUGAGAAUCUCUGGAAUGUUACACCGAAGCCGGAAAUGCUGGGGCAGCUUCCACAAGGCUACACAUUGGAGACCGCUCUUGCCGAUCAAGUGGAUAACGCCUUACAAGCGGUUUGGCCUAACCAAGAGCAAAAUGAACGCCGUCUAGUGAGCGUUGAUUUGGGCGACGAUAAAAUCAGCAUUUUUGAUACCGGUCAGGGGAUGGACAGCAGCCUAGAAAACUGUAUCGCUAACUGGGGCACGGUCGGAGGGUCCACACACCGCAGCGUGCAUUAUAAGGGCAUCGGAGGAGAGCCACCAUACUUGAAGCCUUACCUGGGGAAAUAUGGAGCUGGAGGUGUUGCAGCAGCUUUACAUCUCGGAGGCUGUGUCACGGUGUAUUCGAAGACUAAGCAGUCAAAGAAAGUUGUUACCUUGAAGCUGGAACAGAAGGCCCUCGUACAGAAGCAUAAAUUAGACCCUGAACAGGGAAUUUGGAGGACGAGAGGAGAACUCCGGGAGAUGACGAAAAUGGAGAAGGAGAAGGCUCCACAUGGAAGUUUCACGAGGGUUGUGAUAUCAAAACUCAAAUCUCAGUACUGUAUGAAAGGAUCGAAUCAAUACUGGAAAGUGGAAAAAGUGAAGCAACUACUGAAAGAUAUUUACUUUCCAUAUAUUCAAAGCGAGUCAGCAAGCCGGACCAUAACUCCGGUCGAAUUCGAGGUGAACGGAACGAAUCUACUAGAAGUCACAGAGUGUGAGAUGGCAAUUGCCAAUCAGCUUACUUGUAUCGGAGCUCCUUUCGUUUUCUCUAUUCACAUGACAAAACUACCGGAGGAUAGAUCUAUUCAACCUCAGCUUAUGGAUGAAGCCAACGCACGCAUCACAUGUCAGUACUUUCCAAUACAGCGGGGUAAGGAGGCCUUGGAGAUUGUUUUAGAAGAGGUAUCAAAACUCAGGCCUGGAACUCCAGUUACGUUUGAAACGAUGCAUCGCGUCGUGGUGAGAUGGCUGGGAAGACUCCUUCCGGAAGCAAAGUGGAAUAUAUUACCGUUCAUGGAGGUGACAGCGAAGAAAGAACAACGCUCACAUGUAAGACAACAGUGGGCGAAACGGGUACGAGCCUAUGUGGAAACGGAUGCUGGUUUUCAACCGAAUCAGUCAAAGGUAGAACUUGAUCGCGACCAUCUUUUUACGCUUGCUUUGAAGCAGUUGGGAGCUGAAAAUCCCAGUGAGUCAUCAGAGGCAGGCGUAAAGUUGGAGAUAAAAUUUUCAGGCAAGAACAAACCGGUCAGUCCUACGCAGCUUGUUGAAGAGUACUUUGCCUGGCUGGAAGAGAUGCAUUCCAAGUACGAUGAGGAGGUUACUUUUCUGGAUGAGCCUGCCUGGCUUUUCAGCCAUCCAAAUGCUGAUAAGGAGCUUGGAGUGUAUAAACAAGGUUACUUCGAAAUCGAAAUGUUAGAUUCCCUAAAAUACGGUAAAUCGGUAAUGAAGAAGAAGAAAUUUACAAGGCUACUGGGAUCUGUGCUAUCUUGUUGUUCGAGACUCACCAGAGGAGAAAGAUGGCGAACUACGCGCAACUUGCACACUGUGUGGUCAGGACGACGAGAUUCUUGUUACUUUUUCUUGGAUUGCAGCUCUCUUCUUAACAUCGAAAUGCUUCUGAACAUCGCUCUGCUAGUGGACUCCAAGCUAUUUACGGAAUUUACCAGCCUGGAACCAAAGCCCGAAGCAGCUGCAAAUCUGAGAUUUAUUGUAUUUCAUAAGCGGCUGAAGGACACCACGGGUGAAUGGAUCAUAGACAGCAAAAAUCCUGUACGAGUACGAUUCCUAAGAGGGGCUGGUUCCUUGAAGAACGAUCUAUUUGCUACUCUCGAAUAUUUUUUCAAGGAAGGCGACGAUGAACAUGGUGAAGUGAAAGUAUUGUGCAGGGCUAUUGACGUUGAUGAAUCGGAAGGAUGUAGACUGUUUGAAAAAAAUGGAAGGCUGUGUUUUGAGUUGAACAAAUCUCAGUGGCUCCCGGGAUCUGUCUUAAACGGAGGGAAGUGUCAGCGAGUGGACCCUGCCUCAUGGAAGAAGAAGCUAGACGAGCUGUUGAACAAGGCUCCCGGGUACAUUGAUAUCUUGGACGAGGAAGACCUUCAAAAGUUUGAAUUUAGUGGGGCCUUUCCCAAAAGCAGUAGUAAGUUUGAAGCUGGCUACACGUUGCCUCCAGAAGUUUUGGUAGUUGUGCGUCCUAAAAAGGGGACAGGUCCAUCACACAAACAAGGAAUGAUAGUUGCGGAACCUAUGUCCAUGAAGUUGACUGUCAAUCAUUGUAAGUGUACUGGGCCAUCUUGCCGCAUGAACACGAGGAAAUCUUCACCAGGAGGUGCUUCUUCUUCCAGCGAGGAGCAUUCGGAGCUCGUUUGUAAAUUGGUUUCGAGGAGCAUAGUCACAAAAACUGGAGUGAAAGGAUUGUACAGUUUCAAUGUUGGAUCCUCUGAUGCAAGUCGACUUACAAGGCAGGGGACAUACUUGUUCCACUUUUCAUCGGAGAGUGAAAAGUGCACUUCGAUAAGAUCGGUGACGUCAUCAAUCCGAAUUGUGCCAUCAAGGAACACUUCUAACUGGCACUUGAGUACUCAGGCCAAAGUUGCGAAUUUGACCUCUUCCAAUCCGAGUACUUUAGUCAUCAGAGUCAACGACAAGUUCAGAGAUGACCUUAUUCUUCGAAAGUAUGACGAGUUUGGUAAUCCACAAACCUUUGAUAAGGCAAUGCCUGUUGAGGUUAAGAUUGUUACUCCAAGAGGAGAAAGUCUGGAAAUGACACAAAAGGUUACAGCUCAUAUUGCACUUUCGGAAGGAAGGCAGCAGGGAGGAGGGUUGCAGAUUAAGGGUCUCCUCUUUUCAAGUGGCCAUCUGAUGCGCGUCGAGCCAACCUAUGAUGCUCUUCUGCGAGUACACGUCGCAGACGAUAAAUAUGGACAGAUCCCUUGCAAAGUUCUUCCUGGAGUAUUGGCAUCAGUACGGGUAAAGGACAGUAGACCUCCCAUAUCGAUGGAACCUGUACGGGUUCAAGAGUCCUUGCGAGCAGGGGAUAAAGUCGACAAGUGCUUGAAUGCCACGGAGCAUAUGUGUUUCGAUGAACAGCUCCGCCCUGGAGAUAUCAUUAAAAGACUUACUCUUCAGGGACUAGACGCUUCUGGUAAUAAGAUUGACAAGGAUCAGAAGAUGCAAGUCAAGCUCAAGGGCCUCGAAUUUCAGGACAACCUUAGCGAUGAGAGAGAGGUGGAUGAAAAUGGGUGUUUACAUCUCGGUGGGCUGCUGCGAGUAACUUCUCAACACGAUUAUAGAGGUUACGUUGGGAUUCUGUCGGAGACGGGCAAGCCUAUAUGCAAUAUCUACUUCAAAACUGUCACGCGGAAGUUGAUUGCGACCCAGGUUCCAAGCAAGUCCUUUGUUGGCAGAGAUAUGGAGGGCAUUACAGUGAAGAUUGUUGAUGAACAUGGAACCGUGGAUACUGGAAUAGAUGGCUACAACCACUCUGUUUCUGUGGACUGGCAAAAGGGAGUUGCUUUUCCUUUUGUGAAAGGAGAGUGCGUUUUGCCACCAGUGAGGUUGCCCAACAAGCCUGGGUGGUGGCAAGGCAGAGUUCGUUUUUCUGCCAACCAAAGUCUAUGUGUUGAAUUAAAGGUCGAAUUAGAGUUAUCCGUCGGAUGUGUCUUAAAAAAUCCUGCAAAUACUCAAGACGAGGUUUUGAUUGCAAGAUGCGGAAGCGCAUUCGAGUUUCCUUUUUGGGUUGCUGAUGAGCGAGGCCAUCCUGCUCUUAUACCGGAAUCUAUAAAAAACACAAUUGUGGUGAAAGCUGAAGCGCAGUCAAUUUCAGGAGAUGAAGCCCUAGAAUCUUGGCCCCGGCCUUGCAUGGUAACUUGCAGCAACAUUGUCAAGACCGACAAGGAUGGUGACGGCUACAAAGCUGAUGUUGUUCUCACUGGGGAUAUUGGAAUUUACUCCCUCGUCAUGAUGGAUACGAGUUCGAGAUUCAAAGGGGAGGUUAAAUAUACCUGUAAAUUGAACCCCGGAAAGGUUUCUCAUCUCGUUGUAGAAAUUCAUCAUCCGGAGGUCCGCGAGCAAUUCGGAAUGAAAGCACUGCACAUCCCGAUAAAUGAAGAAUUUCCAAAAGUUGAAGUGACUUUACUUGAUUCUGAGAACAAUCUUUGCACUUAUUGUGAAGGGAAGGAUCUCCGAAUGAUUGCCGAACUCUGUCCUCAAUUCAAGGAAAUCAGAGGGAAGGUUUGUAAAGGCACAGCGUUGUUCAAUCCCUUCACUCUGGACAUUCCUGUGGGCAGUUACACCAUUUGUAUUAGCCUAGAUACUCCUGAGUCACUAGAUUACAGAUUCUGCCUGGUAGUUGAGCAUGGUACGUAUCCUUCCGCACUGAAGCUUCUUGACAAUGCCGAUAUUGUAGUAGCUCUAGCAGGACCAGAAAGUCAGGUUGUGCUGCCAACGAUGGGAGUCGAAGUGGAGUCGGCUAGUGGGUCCAGAGUUCAGUGGCGGAAACUUUCAGUUGGCCUCAGAAUGCAAAGCUUGUAUCCUGUCCCGGUUCAUAUGCCGGUACCUCAUGCCCGUGAGUUCUUAGGCAAUGCAAUUGACUCCUCCGUACCAGAGUCCACUAGGCAAGAGGAUAGUGCGUCUUCAAGCAGAGGACCACUCUCGGAUAACUCUGUGAGGUAUGAAUUUAGGGACGUACAUGCACCCACCACAGCAGGAAAUUAUACACUGGAAUUCUUCAUACGCGGCUUUGCGUUAGAGACCCAGUGUCGGCAUCUCAGAGUGACACAUGGUCCGCCCUGCAAGUUGGACAUCGUAAGGGGGCCAUCGGGUGAAUCAUUAGAGGUCCUUCAAGUAAAUCUCUUGGAUGCUUAUGGAAACAAGUGCGAAAGUGUUUCGGGAAUAGAUAUCAGUCUCCGGUUUAGUCUGAAUCAAGCCUUUAGCCAAGAGAAUCCUUCGUCGCCUCGCGGACUUCAGCCCUGCUCCGUAUAUAGCAGAAAGUCCUCCACUAUCGUUGAUGGAAAAGCCGACUUUGGACCGUUUCUUGUCACUGAUGGUCUGCCUGCUGUGUACGUGCUUGAAGUCUACGCGGAGAACGUUGCUUUGACUUCAGCGGAAGUUCAAAUUUUUGUUACUCGUGGGGAGCCUACUGAGAGUAUUAGACAGCAGUUGGUUAAAGUCAAUGAGGAGCGUGGGACCCUGUUUGAAUAUUGCAAGUUGUUAUCGCUAGCGAAGGAGCAUGUGGGGCACCGUCAAAGAGAGAGGGAUUUUUUAUCAGGAGCAGUAAGAAAACUGGAAGAGGAAAAGGCACAUUUGCUACAAUCACAACGCGAAGUUAGUGACCUGCAAAAGCUAAACGGGGAUGAUGCACUGCUUGCUGAUGAAGACAAACAACAAGUACGAGCAGAAAAACACGUCAUACAGGACUUGAUGCGCUUGAACCGCAGUGGCACAAAUGCUCCUCUGCUGUUCCUUGAGGCGCAGAGCAGGGGUAACUUCCUCAGCCCGACAACAGAAGUGGGGAGAGAUAUAGUUGGGCUCCUUGCGUUGCUGGCACGCGUCGAGAGCAAUCUUCUAAACAGGGCCCUUUUUGAGUUUUUAGGAGUCCCCACUUUGCUGCUGAUGGUCUGUCGUACUCAGCGUGGGGUUAACGCUCUGGAGGAGUACGACAGAAACAAUAAUAUAGAUGUGACCAAAGGGUUACAUGGAUUCGCCAGAAGUAAAAUGACAACCUUGUCCAGAAGAUUUGAAUGCCUUGCUUUGUCGGACACAAGGCCUUAUCGUCGACAUGAUGGGAAACCGUCGGUUUAUACGGAACAUCCGCAGAGACUUUUAAACAUCGACCCACCAAUUCUGCCUACGACGCAGCAGCCACCUGACGGUUUCCUCGGCUAUGCAGUCAAUCUUCUACAUUUAAAAGAGGAGCACUUAGGCGGAAUUGUGCCAUCGAUCGACGGUCAACCUCCAGCAGAACCUCUUAACUUAAGAGAGACUCUUUUUCACCAUCUGUUGCAAAAUUUGCAAGUGUACGACACUCGAGAACACAUGCUGAAUGCCAAAAACAGCAUUCGAUUCACUGGUGGUGCUGUCUCUCUUGAUGGUGGUUUCAUCCGGAAAAAUCUGCGGCAGCAGCUCGGAAGACGCAGUGAAAACGUUCUCAUAAGCUUCGCAAAUGUUGAGAAAGAACAAAGAAUGUGCUCGAGUUUGCUCCCUCCCGCAUGUUACGCGUUUGAACGGAUGUACAAGUACAUACACCUACGUAAAGAAAUUAGUCUUCGAGAUGAAGAACUCUCCGUGAAGGUUAGAGAGCUUGGCAACUGCGACCGAAUUCUUCAGGGUGUGGUGGCAAGUGCUAACAAAGUUGGUGGUCAAUGCGAUAUCAUUGAGAGAACAGCGAAUAUAAAGCGGAAACUUGAAGAGCUAGGGAAAGCAGAAAAACUUCUCUUGAGCCAAAGCGAUGACGCACGAAAAGCUAAGGAUCAAACAUCAGCCAAAGAUCUCUCUCUCGCUGUCAUGUCCGAAGGACGGCAGCCAGCUAAUGCUGCUCUGAGCAUGGAGGAGUUUGAAAGUAGAAGAAUGCGAGCAUUUAUCAUGUAGACUGGAAGCCGCAAGGGCCAGUCAAACUGGAUAUAGAAAAAUUUCAAAGCUACUGUCAUCUCCAAAAAUCAGUUAGAAGGAAAAGCUAAGAAGCAAUACUUUCUUGCUGAUUUCCUUCCGUACGUAAAGUUUGUAUAUUUGUAUAUACCAGAGACGCCGUCGUAGAGUCUCACGGAUCUGUUGUUGCAAAGAGCAGAAUAUCACGUAUUUGAAGCAGAUUUAAUGUUGGUUUGUGGAAUGUACUUAUCGUAGAAGUGGAAUGUAUUUUCUUUUCGU